AUGUGCACUCUGCAGGCAGAAGACGAAGACCUGAACCAAGGAGCCCUUGAGGAGACCACGCUGGGAAUAUGUGUUGUGAAACACACAGAUGCCACUGAUGGACCAGAGGACAUUGGGAUUGUCCUGGAGGGCCAGGUGGUGUCUCGCCGGUCGGCGUCUCUAGACGCCAUGGUAAAUGGAGACACGUUGUCCAAGCUCACGAGGAAGCACGGCAUCAAGAUCGCCGCUGACUUCACGUGUAGCGUAGAGGACAUCGGGUUGGCUGUGGGGGAGAAGGUCGGGCACGGCAGCAUUAAAUUGGCCUCCCGCAUGAACGGCGCCGUGGUCAUCUUCCUGGACCAGGUGGAGAAGGUGAACCGUGUCGUCGAGACGGGUGAAAAGAAUGGGAAGCCUGCAGAGGAAACAGAGCAGGGUGGCGGAGGAGUUGGGAAAGAAACUCAUAGCGACAGCACCAACGAGGCCGACUGGAUGAAGGAGCGGGAAGGGGAAGUCCUCCUAAGCCACAGCACCAACCUCAGUGGAGGACACACCUUCAACGUCACCAGAGACAUCACUAGAUCUAUGAAGGACCUGGAAACUGAUAUAGUGGAACUAGAGCGUUUAAGCGAGUCCACAGGAGAUCGAGGACAUAUUGAAGUCCUCAAAGGGAAAAAAAUUGCUCUGGCCGACCUGUUUGAUGUUAAAGUCCAGGGUGCACUGGUCAGGUCCCGAUUCCAGAACAUCACAGAGAUGGACACUCCCUCUGGCUACUUCUUCGGUCUGGAGAAGAAGAGUGUGAUCCACUCACUGCUAGACAAGCCCAUAACCAUAGAGGAGCUGAGGACCGCCUUGAUGGGCAUGCACGGACGACGUGCACCAGGCAUUGACGGCCUCACAGCUGAAUUUUAUAAAACCUUCUGGGACAUCCUUGCAGGGGACCUAUUAGAAGUGUUUAAUGAGAGUCUGGCCUCUGGUUCCAUGCCGAUGUCCUGCCGCAGAGCCAUCAUAACACUGCUGCCAAAAAAGGGAAAGCUGCAGGACAUCGGCAAUUGGCGGCCUGUGUCCCUGCUGUGUGUGGAUUACAAGCUUCUGUCCAAAGUCUUUGCCUCCAGGCUGAGGGAAGCUAUGGCAGCAAAGCUGGACAUCUGCAGCAGUGGUACCCCUGGCCUGAUGGGGGCGCUGCUGAGGGCACGAGUCCUGUGCCUGCAGCAGCUGGUGGACGCAGUGAGGCCGAUGCUGAACGACGCCCCGGCCCUGGGCUCUCUACUGGGACUUUAUUCCGUCCGAGUGGCAAGGAGGGUCCUUGAGCUGUGGAACCAGAGGCUGACGGGAGAGGAAAGGACCCUCCUCAAAAACUACAGCCAGAGCCAAGUGGAGCCGGACCCUGCAGACCCUUUCCCCGAGAUCUACUUGAGCCCGGGGCUGGGGAUCUCACCGGCCCCCUGCUCGCUACAACACGCCCGGAGAUACUACCGCCCCCGGCCUAGAUCAAUUCUUUGUCGUAAUCCCUCCUCCUUUACCUACCCCGCCCGCUCCACACAGGUCCAGCACCUUGUCACAGGAGGACUCUGGAACUGCCAGUCAGCUACUCGCAAGGCACACUUCAUCUCCGGCUUUGCUAUCCAGCAGUCGCUUGACUUCCUCGCCCUCACUGAGACAUGGAUCACACCGGAAAACACAUCCACCCCAGCUGCUCUCUCCUCUGCCUUCUCCUUUAGCCACACACCCAGACCCACUGGCAGGGGUGGCGGGACAGGUUUACUCAUUUCACCCAAAUGGACCUUCUCCCCGUACCCCAUACCUUCCCCCACCCCACUGUCUUUUGAAUUCCAUGCUGUAACCAUUACUCACCCGGUUCAAUUAAACAUUGUUGUCCUCUACCGCCCACCAGGCUCCUUGGGCCACUUUCUGGAAGAAAUGGACAUCGUCCUGUCAAACUUCCCUGAAAAUGGCCCUCAGCUCAUCCUCCUAGGUGACUUCAACAUCCUGACAGAGAAGUCAUCUGAGCUCAUACUCCUACUUGCUUCUUUUGCACUGACACUCAACCCCUCCCCUCCGACUCACAAAGCUGGCAAUCACCUUGACUACAUCUUCACUAGGAACUGCACUACAACUAACCUCACUGUAACUCCGCUGAAUGUCUCUGAUCACUACUUCCUCUCAUACUCCCUUCCGCUCUCACCAACUAACGACCCCGCCCCAUCAAUCGACUCUAUACCGGUCCGCCGUAACAUUCGCUCACUCUCCCCCCCCUCCCUGGCCUCCUCCGUUAUACCAGCUCUCCCCGCAACCGACUCUUUUGCACUUUUGCAUCCGAACGUUGCCGCAGAGACUCUCCUAACAACUCUGUCGUCCUCUCUCGACUCGCUGUGUCCGCUUAAGACUCGACGGGCUGGCAGAUCCCCUCCAGCUCCGUGGCUGACUGAACCGGUGCGUGCUACGAGAGCCACUCUGCGAGCAUCUGAAAGGAAAUGGCGAAAAUACAAACAACCUGAUGACCUGCAUGCGUUUGAGUCGCUUCUGUCAUCUUUUUCUGCCUCCAUCUCUGCUGCAAAAAGUGCUUUCUACCAAUCCAGAAUUGAGUCCUCAUUUUCCAACCCCAAAAAACUAUUUUCCAUCUUCACUAACCUCCUCGAACCCCCCAGUCCUCCUCCCCCCUCCACCCUUCUCCCAGGAGACUUUGUCACCUACUUUACCAGAAAAAUAGAUGACAUACGCUCCUCCUUCUCCAACCCACCUCCUUCCAGUUAUAUCGCACAGACCUCGCCCCAAUCACCCUCACUACCUGUUUCACACCCCUGUCCCCUUGACCCCAUCCCAUCCCAUAUCCUACAGUCGAUCGCCCCUGAUCUUCUUCCCCGCACCUACCGGGUAACUUGGGGAGGAUCAGUGUUGGAACCUUGUCCCCUUACAACUGGAGUUCCUCAGGGCUCCGUCCUGGGUCCCCUCCUCUUCUCAAUUUACACCAACUCCCUUGGCUCCGUCAUUCGCUCGCACGGUUUUUCCUAUCACAGCUAUGCCGACGACACCCAACUACUUCUCUCCUUCCCCGACUCGGACACUCAGGUGGCGGCACGGAUCUCUGCAUGUCUGACUGACAUCUCCCAGUGGAUGUCCGCUCAUCACUUGAAGAUCAACCCCGACAAGACCGAACUACUUUUCUUCCCUGGAAGAACCUCGCCCACCCAGAACCUGAUCGUUAACUUCGGCAAAUCCGUGUUAACGCCCACUCAGAGUGCCAGGAACCUCGGCGUGACACUUGACUCCCAACUCUCCCUGACUGCCAACAUCGCAGUGACGACCCGAUCCUGUAGAUACACGCUCUACAACAUCAGGAGAAUACGUCCCCUUCUCACUCAGAAGGCGGCACAGGUACUGAUUCAGGCGCUUGUCAUCUCCCGCCUUGACUACUGCAACUCUCUGCUGGCGGGUCUCCCAGGUACCGCCAUACGACCACUGCAGCUCAUCCAGAAUGCAGCAGCUCGACUGGUCUUCAACCUUCCGAAAUACUCCCACACCACACCGCUUCUCCGUUCACUUCAUUGGUUACCAGUAGCUGCCCGCAUCCAGUUCAAAACAUUGGUACUGACGUACCAUGCUGUGAAUGGAUCGGGACCAGUCUACAUCCAGGACAUGGUGAAACCCUACAUCCCAACUCGCACACUUCGAUCUGCAUCUGCAAAGCGGCUUGUUCCUCCCUCACUGAGAGAAAAGCACUCGACGAGAUCGCGACUCUUUGCUGUCCUGGCUUCGAGAUGGUGGAAUGAGCUCUCCGAUGACAUCAGGACUGCAGAGAGCCUCUACAUCUUCCGUCGAAAACUCAAGACACACCUCUUUAGACUCUACCUUGACUAA